AUACAAUUUUGUUAUAAGAAUCAAUGUAAAAAAAAAAAACACAAGAAGCAUGUAUUACGUACUUGCGUUUGUACAACAUACGGGACAGUUAUCGUUAAUGCUUUUUUGUACAUUAUUAUCAGUAAUGCCUAAAGUCGAUAUGAAAAGCAGCGACACAGUUACUGAUGAUUUCAGUAAAGGAUCGACUAUUGGAAAGAGUGCCUCGAAUCGGCAAGAAACAGAAGGAGAAAGAUCGAGAAAGAGAUAGAAAAAGUGAAAAUAAGAAUGAUCUGAUCGUUUAAACUUUUUUUUUCUUGAAUUUGAAGUGUCGUCGACUGUAGAAUUUUCGAUAGUGCAGACAACAUGGAUAAGGACACAAGCGAUAUGAAGAAAAGCCCUAGGGAAUCCGCAAAUAUCUUUAGCGUCCUAUUCUUCUGGUUUGUUAAAACUUUUGUCCAUUUCUACAAAUAUGUUAAUCAACACAAACGCCUUAACGCAUUUUUUUUGUCCAGAUACUGGAAACGCGAACUCGAGAAGCUGAAGAAUCUGGAAUAUACUGUGGGCAAAGAUGGGCAGAAAGUACCGUUGAAAAAGAACGCCCGCCCACGAUUAUAUAAAGCGAUAUUCUACGCUUUCUGGCUGCCAUAUUUCAUAAUAGGGAUUUACUCAUUUAUCCAAUGUUGCGCGGUGCGCGUAAUAGUGCCGGUCCUUCAGGGUUGGAUCAUCGACUACUUUGAUAAUAAUUCGAACACGGACUAUAAGAUAGAGAGGGAUGAGGCACUGGUCUACGUCGCCUUCCUGAUCAUUUGCAACAUCAUCUCCGUUAUGAUAAUGCACCAUGCGCUAAUGCUCUCGCAGCAGAUCGGCAUGAGAGUUCGCAUCAGUUGCAGUUCUCUCCUCUACCGAAAGUUAUUACGGAUAAAUAAAGCAUCCAUGACUCAAACUGGUACUGGGCAAAUUAUGAAUCUUCUUAGCAACGAUGUUACUCGUUUCGAUCAGUUGACAAUGUUUUUGAAUUAUGUGUGGAUUAUGCCAUUUCAGAUCGUGAUAAUAGGAUAUGUAAUGUGGGAUAAGGUCGGCAUUUCGCUUUUUGUUGGCGUUGGAUCGCUGUUAAUUAUCAGCUUAAUCGUACAGGGAAGCGUUAGUCUUCUGAGCCGUAGUAUUAGAGCCAUGAUUGCCCCACUGACUGAUCGAAGAGUGCAACUGAUGAGCGAGCUCGUAGCUGGGAUACAGGUGGUGAAAAUGUACGCUUGGGAAAAGCCGUUCAGUAAGAUCGUGUGCAUGACCCGAGGAUUAGAAAUUAAAAUAAUAACCUUCUCGUCGUAUGUGCGCGCCACAUAUCUGGCUAUCAUAGUGUUCACUGAGCGAAUUAUCCUUUACUUCACGCUAAUAAUGUUCGUCCUGACGGGAAAUAAUCUGACCGCCGACGUGACGUAUGUAAUGGCGACUUAUUUCAACAUUCUCCAGCUGACUACCGCGUUGUACUUUCCACAAGCGCUGAUACAGCUGGGCGAGUCAAUGGUUUCCAUGAACCGAUUGGAGGAUCUGUUGUUGAUGAACGAGGUGAACAUACAAGAGACGGAGAAGACGUCGCAAUCCGAAUCUCGGAGAACAAACGGGACGGCUGAGGACGCGGAGAAUCCAGCGGACAGGUACAUUUCGAAAGAUGGAAGUGCCGAGAUCGCACAGGCGUCGCCCGAUCUUCCGGUUUGCGUGAAGAUUCAGCGCGUUUCUGCCAAUUGGAUCAACGGCCAGCUGCCGCCGACGUUGUGCAACAUCAGCCUGACCAUCCAACCGGGUACGCUAUGUGCCCUGGUCGGUCCCGUGGGUUCUGGCAAAUCGUCUUUGCUCUAUUUGCUGCUGAAGGAGCUGGACCCCGGUGCGGGAACGGUGAUCCUCACUCAGGACUCUUUGAAGAACAGCCUUCAAGGUACCCUGAACAAUGGCUACUUCACGAAUAACCCGAAUCUACGGAUCUCCUACGCCAGUCAAGAACCCUGGCUCUUCGGUGGUACCGUAAGAGACAAUAUAUUGUUCGGCCAGCCCUAUGACAAAGUCAGAUACGCCCAGGUAAUUGUCAAAGUUCCAAGUAGUCGCUGCAGAUGCUAUCCAUUAUUUCUCUUAUCUCGCAUAUUAAUAUCAAUAACUUCUUCCUACAACUUCGCGGUUCUCGACUGUAAUUUUAGAUCUGUCGUUUGUUUCGUCACUGUGCAGUACUCGGACAUCGACGAUUCGGAUUACGAGGAAAACCAACCGGAGGGCGAAAUGAUGGCGCGUGGCCGUUUGUCUGGCAAAGUGUACAAGGAAUAUUUGUAUCACGGCGGCAAUUACCUCGUCCUGUUCAUGCUGCUGUUGUUAUUCGUCAUCAGUCAGGUAGCCACCACUGGGAACGACUACUGGCUCUCAUAUUGGACCAGCUUGGAAAACGUCAGACGUAACAAGGGUACGCAACAAGUUGAGAAGGAGUACGAGAGCAUACGCAAUGAUAGCUUCCUUGGUUCAAUCUUCACCCUGGAACAGGAUGGCUUGCUCGGCACCGUAGAUGCCAUAUACGUCUACACAUUUUGCAUCGUUGCCUGCACCAUCACCACCCUGCUGCGCAGUUUUCUGUAUAUGAAGAUCUGCAUGAAUUCGAGCCGUAAUCUUCAUAAUAUUAUGUUCUUCAAUCUUCUGCAGACACGGAUGUCCUUCUUCCAUAACAAUCCCUCCGGGAGAAUUCUGAACAGAUUUUCAAAGGAUAUCGGCACCAUGGAUGAAUUUUUACCUAAAAUAAUGUUGGAAGCAAUUCAAGUGGGCUGCGUAGUGUGCGGUAUAAUGGUUAUGGAGGCGAUAAUUAAUGUAUGGAUGCUGAUACCGAUAGUAAUACUAAUCAUCUUAUUUUUCUUUGCAACAAAGUUUUAUUUGAAAACUGCUCAAAACGUUAAACGUCUUGAAGGCGUCACGAAAAGCCCAUUAUUCUCGCACGUGAAUGCCACAUUGAACGGUCUGCCGACAGUUAGGAGCAGCGGCGCUGGAAUUGAGAAAAUGAUGCAAAGGAAAUUUGACAUGUUGCAAGACCGUCAUACUGGUACAUGGUUCCUCGUCUUAACUUGUGGGACGGCUUUCGGUAUUUUUAUGGACCUCAUCAUGUGCCUAUUCGUCGCUUGUCUUUGCUUCCUCCUGGUGCUAACGAAUGAGAAUGACAGCACGGCCGGCAGCAAAGCUGGUCUGGCAAUAUCGCAAUCGAUGAUUUUGAUCGGUUGUCUGCAAUACGGCCUAAAACAAUCUACUGAGACAUUAUCGUUGAUGACGUCCGUGGAAAGAAUUCUUCAGUAUACGAAUCUUCCUAAAGAAGAGCCUAUCACUUCGAAGAAACCACCGCCACCCGCAUGGCCGUCUCAAGGACAAUUGGUUUUAAAGAAUGUCAACAUGAGAUACAAUAAGGAUGAUCCACCGGUUUUAAAGAAUUUGAACCUGUCCGUCGAGCCAGGCUGGAAAAUCGGCGUGGUGGGUCGGACUGGUGCUGGCAAGUCCUCCUUGAUCUCGGCUCUUUUCCGGCUGUUCAACGAAGGUCUGGAAGGCGAGAUUAAGAUUGACGAUUGGGACACAAGCACAGUGGGCCUGAGCGAUCUGCGCUGCAAGAUCUCCAUCAUACCACAGGAACCAGUACUCUUCUCUGAGAGUCUGCGCUACAAUCUGGACCCGUUCAAUCAGUACGAUGACAUGAGACUGUGGGAGGUGUUGCGUCAGGUCGAGCUGAACGAUCUUGCAUUGGACCAAGACGUCUCCUACGGUGGCUACAAUUUCAGCGUCGGCCAAAGGCAACUUAUAUGUCUGGCUAGAGCCAUCCUGAGGAACAAUCGCUUGCUCGUUCUCGACGAGGCUACAGCCAAUAUUGAUUCGCACACCGAUGCCUUAAUUCAAGACACAAUAAGAAGCAUAUUUAAGGAAUGCACUGUCAUUACAAUAGCACAUCGUUUAAAUACCAUUAUAGACAGUGAUCGAAUCAUUGUGAUGGAAAAUGGUACUAUAGUGGAAUUCGGCUGUCCGUACGAGUUGUUGCAUAAUAAACCAAGCGGCUACUUUUCUCAAAUGGUGGAGAAGACGGGCAAUCAGAUGGCGCAGAGUCUUUUGGAACAGGCGAAAAAAGCAUGCGAAAGGAAUAAUGAUCAUCGUGAAUUGGCCCUAUCAACACAAAAUACCGAGGGCGAGAGCGACGUCACGAUCACAGAACAAUCUGCUCUGUAGAUUCUUUUUUGUAGAGAAAAAUAAAUCUAUAUACAUAAUUUAAAGACAUAAA